CGGGGCAUUAAAAACAAAAGUGGGUUUCCUGACAGGCUGUAUUCCGGGCUGAUGACACCCAGACCUUUUAAAUAGGCGCCGCCUCAAUCGCGUGACAGAAAAGAGGAAGAAAGGUGGUGUUCACGGCUGUUAAAAGGCAGCGCUUUAAAGGAUCUCACACACAGAAAAAAGCAAAAAUGGACGCCCGGACCGGUUUCAUUGUGUUGUUGUGCUUUAUUGGAUUCAGCUGCGCAGAGACUGUAAAAUACGUAGACUGCGGCUCUGUUUCUGGUAAAGUGGCGACAGUGGAAAUUAACCCUUGUCCCACUCAGCCCUGCCAGCUACACAGAGGGGGCUCUUACAGUGUCAAUGUGACGUUCGGCUCUGAUGUGCCGAGCCAGACGAGCACAGCGGUGGUUCACGGCGUUAUCGCUGGCGUUCCCAUCCCCUACAACAUUCCUGUUGUAGAUGGCUGUAAAUCUGGAAUACAAUGUCCCAUCCAGACGGGGAAGGCAUAUCACUAUGUGGCUACAUUACCUGUAAAGGAUUCGUAUCCUACAAUUAAGCUGGUUGUGGAGUGGGAACUAAGAGACGACAACAGCAAAGAUCUCUUCUGCAUCAAGUUCCCAGUUGAGAUUGUGUAAUGUGCCAAAUGAACAAAUGCUUCUCUGAAAGG